UCAGCAUGAGCUGGUGCCUGUGAGCGAUGCUGAGCUCACACUCGUCUGUGCUGCUGCUGCUGUUGGUGCUGACGGCUGCGGCAGCGGCCGGUGCUGCCGGCGCGGCGGCUGCGACGCCCGCCGUCGACAGGCUGCGCAGGCGGAUCCUGGCGGGGCUCGGCCUGGACGCCGUGCCCGACGUCACCAAGAUGAACGUGAGCCGGGAGGAGUACGAACACAUGUACGGCGUGUACCUGCGUACCGUCGAGGAGAACCGUCGUACGCGGCGGGGGCGGCAGGCGGCGGCGGAGGUCGCGCCGGGCGCGCUGCAGCUCCUCACCUACACCAGUUCCGAUGGCGGCGACGUGCAACCCCCCGUGCGUCGCUGGCGCCACCAGCGCAGGCGGAGGGUGUCGUCGUCCGAGGCGUGGCUGCAGUUCUCGCUGCCGGAGCGGCACACGGCGGUGGUGUCGCACGCGUCGCUGCACGUGCUGCUGCGGGCCGCGGAGUCGGCCGCCGCCGACGGGCAGCCGGUGACGGUGCGCGCCUACCAGCUGGCGCCGUCGCUGCGCCGCCGCCGCCUGCUCGACGAGCGCCGCGUCCACCUGGCGGCCGACGCGCCUAAGUGGGCCGACUUCGACGUGACGCACGCCGCCGCCUCGUGGCUCGAGGUCGGCGAGAGCGACGCGCGGCUGCAGCUCGAGUGCGCCGGCUGCGCGCAACGCAACCUCACGUUCGGGGUGCUCCGAGACGACGCGCCCGCGCUCCACAUCCUCGCCGAAGUCUUCCCCGACGGGGCGUCGGCGCGCCACAAGCGCAACGUCGUCGAGUACGAGAAGGUCAACUUCCGGCAGGUGAAGUGCCGCAAAGAGAAGCCGCGUUGCUGCAGGCACAUUAUGCCUGUCGUUUUCAAGGACAUCGGAUUCGAAUUCAUCCGCCAGCCGCUCACUUUCGAUUUGGGCUACUGCAAAGGGAGGUGCCCGCGCGAGUUCAAUCCAGUGAACAACCACGCUUUCUUUCAGUCGAUUCUCUGGUCGAAAGUGAAACACGAUAACAAGUACGGUGUGCCGCGGCCGUGCUGCGCGCCUAAAAGACUCGAACCCUUGGAGAUCUUGCACUUGGACGAGCACGAUCCUAAGAAACUGAAGCGCGUAGUUUGGGACGAUAUGAGAGUGAUCGAGUGCGCGUGCGCGUGAACGAACCGGCGCUGGCGCCAGCGACUGAAGCUCACACUGCUCUGUGUUGUAGUAGUGAUUCUUACCAAAGAUUUCAUUUUGUGGAUACGUUCGUUUGAGGCUCUUUGUUUUCAGAAACGAAUUAUGUCGAUACGGGUUGUAAUUUACUAUAUGUUUUUUUAACAAUUUUUGUAUCUUACGAUAAUGUAUUAGUUACGAAAAGCGAUGUAAAUAGUCUGUUAAUAUUAAUGUUAUUCUGACAGCUGCAAAAUUGUGUCAGUUCAAUUAAAAAUUACCUAUAACUCAAUAUACUGAAUGUGCUUAACUGUGAUAUUUGCGUAGUAAGCUUUAAUGGAUCACAAUGCAAUAGCGACACUAUACGUUUACGCGUUAACUGUUUACAAAUAAUGUUUAAGAUGGCCAGGAUUUAUUAUGGUGAACGUUUAUACAUAUCUUGCCAUUAUUAUUUAUAAGUUGUAGCGGCGUCUGUAGUGAUACUGUAUGUCUUCUCUGCACCACCAGUUUCUUUAAAAACGUCUCUAAGUUCCUUUCUCAAAUAAAAACCGGUCAUCUUCCAUACAUUCGUAUUUAGUAAAUUCGUAGUGAAACAAUAUCUGUGACCAUAAAACACAGAUACUGCUCAGAACACGAAGUUGUGGACAGAGAGCACAUGUCUGAGAAACGGCUGGCAGUGGAAUUCUUUAUUAGUAUGCAGUGCUGUGUAUUACUGAAUUUGAAAAUUUUUACUAGAUUUUUGAAGUCAUACUGAGCUCAUAUUCCAAAUUAUUCUAGUAAAAUUUUACAGAAAUAAUAAAAUUGUCAACAUAAUCCUGUAUCAUUGCCAAAGCGAAAUUUAUCCAAGGUUUCUAUGAAGCAUAUUGUGUACACAUUGCAUAGCUUAUCGAAGAUUUAAAGUGGCUGCUGAUGUGUAGUAAAAUUAGUUUAAUUCGAGAUAAUUAUGUUAGCAGUAAAAAUUAACUAGAGGUAUGGCUGGUUUAGACAACGAGUGGUUAUGGAAUUUUAUGUGCAACUGCGUGUCAUGUGAUCUUCCACAGAUAUUGUAUAUUUGCUCGUAGUGCUUCCUAAACGACAGGGAAUUGCAAGAAAAUUCUCAAAAUUUUGGAUGGAGCGAUAGGCAAUAUUUUCACUGUUUGAUCAGAACUUCAAAACUUUUGCAUAUACGGUACGAAAACAGUGGGUUUAAUAUAAUUAUUCAUGCAGUGAAACAGACUUCAAAAGUGUGCAUGCUAUAUCAAGAAAAUCCUAUCUGUUGGUGGUAAAUAAUACAUUUUUGACUGCACCACAAAAUAUACGAAAGAUCAUAGAAACAAUUUUUGCAUCAGCAAAAACAGGUUAUGAACCCCAAAAAAGUUUUUGUUGAUCUAUGACGAUUUAUACUUUUUACAUAAAUUUGAAUCAUGUUAGUAACAGAAUUAUGGUCAAAUAUAGAAAAUGUCACCUUAUGGCUUUGCUGCACUGCCAUUCAGCAACACAGGUCUUGUAGUACAAAAGACAGGUCAUCGAAGUUACCCACUGAUAGUGGUGUUCAUUGAGCUACUGUAGUUCUGUAUAAGACUAAGCAUCAUACCAUGGGAGGUACUAUUUCUUAAUAAAACAUGUCUUCAGGAGAACUUGCCCUGAAAUACAAUAAUUAUAAAAAAGAAUAGGGCAGAUGGCACAGUACAAUAUGUAGAAGACCCAGACUAAUUCUUUAAACUUAGAUCUCAUGCAAGCAACAUUUAUUUAAUGAUUUAAACUCUCUUGUGUUCGUGAAAUACUACAUUACAUUCCGGAGAAAUACACAUAUUAAUGAACAAGUAUUUAUAAAGGAAUUUAAAAUAGGGGUCAGUAAAGUCCUGCUAUAUUUCCAAAAUUUUACAAGUUGUAUCUAAUGAUUUUUCAGUAAUAUUCACAUAAUUUCAGGUGUUUUCUCCCAGUUUAUUUCAAUUAUUUCAGUCCUCCACAUUAAGGUAUUUUUCAUUGAAUCAUUUUUAUAUACAACAAAAACUGUACAUUACUGUUAAGUGAUAGUGAUAAUUUUAAGUAUAAUGAUCUAUGUAUAUUAAUAGAUAUAAGAGAUGACAAAAAUGAUGAAUGUGAUCAGUAAAGUCCAACAUUUUCAUAACUUCCACUCUACAUUCAGUCAAAUAUUAUUAUAACAUUUUUACUGAGUAAUAACUGUUUUAAUGAAAACAUGUUUACUGCAGACUGAUUUAUUUAAAGAUGUUCUUUGAAAGAAUGCUCGUGUACAUCUGUGCACUACGCAAAUUAGAAAUGUAAGAAUUAGUGAUGUGGAAGAUAAUGUGUUAUAAGAAUUUAAUGUAGAAAAGUCCUGUGAAACAGUUUUAGUAAUUAUAUAAAUUUAUUUAAUAUGAAGCUGUUAGAAAUUGUUGUAUAAGCCCGUCAAACUGAUGGGAACUGUGAAUAAGAUAUUAAAAUGUAAUGUGUUUCACAGGACUUUUUAAUAUAACUUAAUGAAAGAAGACUGUUUACUACU